CUAGGUAUUUGAAGUAGUCGCAGACAUUUUUUAUAAUCUCUCUUGUCUAGGAAUAAUUUGUGCUUAUCGGAUUAUCUCGAUGUGGUAUUGCUUUGAUCCUGAAUUGUUGUAGCCAUUUUCGGAUAUGUGAAAAUAUUCUGUUUGCGAAUACGUACAAUAAGAUGCACUGUUUAUUUGAAAAGAAAGAGAAUGUUUGCUUCCGCAUGGGAGAAACCAACCCACCGACUCGCCGAAGUACGUUCGCGAAGCUGUAAAGUUGAAAGUGCUGUUGAUGUUACAAGUGAUGUUUCCAAUUAAGUGAGACUCUUCUCGAGGAUUAUAAUAACGUGACUAAUUGUGUUAGCAAACGCAACAUUGGAUUAAUGCCGUGAGUUGUGGAAGCGAUCGAUUAUGGUAAAAGUCGAAUUCUUUGCACUCCAAGUAUAGUUGAAAGUGUAAUGGUGACAUUGAUGUUAGAAGUGGUGGAGUGUAUAAUAGAGUGUAGUGGCGUGAAGAAGUGGAAGUGGAAAGCGGCCGGCUGCUUGUUUGGCCGCUUUGUGUAAUCGAUUUGCGUUUCAAGCGUUUUAUAUAAAUUUGGACGAACUCUCAUUAAGCGUGAGCAGGAAAGAAUGGAAGCCAUGGAUCUGGACGGAGAUGCUGUUGUUGAUCUAAGUGUCAGCAGUGGCAGAAGGGACUGUCCGCAAGUGUCCAUCAUACCCGGCGAAUUCGGGUCUCCAAUGAAUUUGGGAAUGCAUUAUGCCGCCAGUCCUAAUAUCGAGAACAACACGUCUGAACAACGGAACAUUCAGAACACAGCAAGAGGAAUUCUUGCUCCGAAAUCGUGCGACGACAGAAGAUCACGCAGGAAUCUUAGGCCCAGAAUUGAGAGGAGCUACGCAGAGAGUCCAGACGAACCGAGGCUGAACGGUUAUGUCAAUGGCAACGCUUCUGACAGCGAAGAAGGUGAAAUGCCUCCACUGCUCCCGAUAAAGGAGCUUUCGUCCGACGAAUUGGCCGAAAGAGAGAGAAAUCUUAGGAAAUUGAAGGAAGAAUUGCGAUCUGAGGAAAUGAAGUUAGUCCUUCUUAAGAAACUCCGACAAUCGCAGCAGUUGAAGGAAAACAUUGCGUCAGUACCGAAGAUUACGAGUAAAAUACCGCCUCCUGUAACUGUUCAACCUUCACCACAUAGUCAUAGAAUUGGCAAAGCACCGCCACCACUGCUGAGAGGACAGCCCGCACCCAGCAGAAGCAGCAGCUUGCACGCUCCGCCGCCGGGGAUGCUCCUGCCGCCCACAGCGAGUCGGAGUAUAACCUCUAGUACUGGAAUGCCGCCGAAUAUGGUGAUACCUCAGCCCCCGCACCCCAGGGCAAGGCCGUCGAGUGGAGCUCCCAAUGUCCCGACCUACCACUCGCCUGCGGAUCGCACCGAGAGGUCUACGAAAGAUCCCACUCCCACUCCAGCUCAUCAGCAGCUUAUUGGACCUCAAGAAAGUAAACCGCCUGCGCCUCUUAACACUCAUACAAUUCCUGAGCAGGAAAGAGUCAGAGAAGAUAAUCAAACUCCGGCUCAGCGUCAAGCAGCUGCAAAGUUAGCGCUGAGAAAGCAGUUGGAGAAGACGCUCCUACAAAUUCCGCCUCCAAAACCGCCACCACCUGAAAUGCAUUUCGUUCCGAACCCGUCCAACACUGAAUUCAUUUACCUCGUUGGACUCGAACAUGUUGUCGACUUCAUCACCAAGGAGCCAGCGGUUCCUCCACCUCCAGAACCCUUCGAAUGCACACAAUGUAAGACUGACUUUACACCCGUCUGGAAGUGGGAGAAGCCACCAAAUAGUAAUAAGAAGGAACCCAGAGGGCAGCAUGCAACUUUCCAGCGACCGCCAGCCGGCCGGGACCCCCGAGUCAUCUGCGAGCACUGCGUCACGACCAACGUCAAGAAGGCGCUCAAAGCCGAACACACCAACAGAUUGAAAACGGCUUUCGUCAAAGCACUGCAGCAGGAGCAGGAGAUAGAGCAGAGACUAGCUCAGGCGGCGUGUCCCAGUCCCGACCCACCAGUGGCAACGCCAAAGUCAAUUCCAAAGGCGGCUACUCCCACCAGGAGAGUGGCCACUCCGCCGGCGCCACCUCCACAAAUCCCCCAGGCGCCACCACCAGCGCCCACUCCGCCGGCCCCGAAGCUGCAGGAACAUCCUCUGGUCAAACUGGCCGAGAGUGGAAAGUUCACUCCCCAUCAUGCAGCCGCGGCAGCGCUCCAGCAACAGCUGCUCAGAGAGUUGGCAAAGAACCCAGUAGGCUUGCCGCCUCACCAGCCACUCCCGGCGCACAUGAUGCAGCCCUUCAACCCUCUUCUGUACCCCUACCAGCUGGCAAUGGCGCAGGCCGCGAGUGGCAAGGGCCUCGUCGAGCUCCAGAGGCAGGCUCAGGACCUCCAGCGACAAUACUUGCUCGACAUGAUUCCUUCUCAAGCAUCGCAAGCUCAAAGCAGUCAGGCUCCAUCCAGAGCCCACCCCCACAACUGGAAGACGUAACUGAACGUCUCUGCUUCAUUUUGAAAAGCGCUCUUUCAACUUAACAAAGCCGGAGAACCAAAUGAAAUGGAAGUAUCGAGGCCUUUUUAGUUCAAAUUACAAACUUCGGCUUUCGCCCUCAAGUCGUCCAAUGGAGAUUUUUAUCAGGAAACAAAAACACAAUAUCCGAAAAGGAACAAUUCCUUUCUUCCUUCAAGUGAAAGAAAGCUUGCAUUGAAAGAAUGCAGUUACUUAGGAAAUCAUCCAGAGAACAUCGAGUCUUUGGAAGGCGGUGCUUCGAGUUGUGAUAGGCGACAGUGACCAGAGGAUUCCGCGGGUAGUGCAUAAUCAGGAUGAGUGUGAAUGAGUUUCAAUUUUAUCAAAUAGAAAGUCUUUGUUCAGUAGGGAGUAAUACGUGUGACAUAAUUAUCCUUUUCGGUCACUGAGAGAAGAAUUUCUUUAAACAUUAUUUCGAGUUUCAUCACUGGUUUCAAACUCUUUCAAACUCUUUCAAACUGAUAGACAUACACGUCUAUCUCUCCAAUUGCUCCAAACUGUAAGUAUUUUUAAGCCAAAUUUUUUCUUUAGUUACUUUAUUUGAAUCCAUUCACCGUGGCAGAAGUAAACAAAACUUGUCAAAUCUCUAGAUGUCGAACAAGACUGGAAUAUAAAUACCUAUUUACUAUAUCACAUUACAAAUAUUUGUUGUAAAGGAAUUUUCCAACUUUAAAUUUUAUGCCACAUUUCAGUCUAGUCUCAUGUUGACUUUUUUGCAUUUUUAAAAUUACUUGAGUGUAAAAUGUGAAUUCUUUGAUUUUUAAAUUAAAAAUCAGUCAAUAUAGGUAUUUUCUUUAGUUUCUAUACAUUAUUAUUAUUAUUAUUUAAAAGACUGUCACUGAAGCAAAUGGAGAUUGGAAAACUGAUCAUUGUCUUCUUUUGUUUUGCGUGAACCAUUUUUCAUGUUAAUAACAAGGCUUGAAAUGAAAAUGAGUUUUGCAUCUUAUGCGAGUGAUAUAAUGCAAGUUGAAGUAUUAAACUGUUUUAGAAACGAAAAGGAAUUAAAACGUUCUUCUCACUUACGUUUAAGGUGCAACGUAAAAGUAAACAUUCAUUGCAGUUGAUUGAGAUUGGAGUAAAGCACAAUUUGAAUAAUGACGGUCUUUGUCCAAUUUUAACGCAUAAUGCUUAAACAUUCGUGGCGCAAUAUUUUAUAUUUCUAACUGCAGAAUAAUUUAAAGGAAAUGGUGUGAUUGAGGAAAUUUUUCAAUUCUUUUUAGUAGAUGGCUCAACAUGCUGAAUGUUGUUUAAUUUUUCGAACCGUUAUUUAUUUACAAUAUGUCAUUCAUUCUUGAACUUGUCUUUCUGUUGAAAUAAUUUUUCAAAUCUCUCGUUUCGGCAUUAAAAAUGAAAUAUAGUGUCAGAGCAUCGAAUAAUUUUUAACGAAACGAAUAAUAAAAGUUGAAAAACUAUGAUCUGUUUUAAGGCGAAGAAUAAUAAUGUGAAGAAUACGAAAAUUGUCAAUCAUACUAGAGUGUGGAAUGAUUGGACUACUGUAAAUUUAAUUAGCUGUAAUUUAUUAAUUAUCUUUAUUUACUAAGUUUAAAAGUUUAUUUAGUAUAAAUUGAUCAAGUGAAUCUUUGAUGUAUGUAAAAAAAGGUGAAUUCGAUGCUCUUCCACUUUAUGAUGUGAGUGAGAAAUGAAAGAAAGAAGAGAAGGAUUAUUAAUAACUGAUUAUUGUACCUGUAACGACUGGUCUCUUUUAAAUACUUGAUUCUAUAUAAAGACAAACAAGUAAAUGCUAAAUUUCAGACAUAAUUCUGCACAUAAAAUUUAUACUUGUAGCACUCGUCCUAUGCAAUCCCUAACAUUUCUUCAUUGGAUCAUUUCGAUCUGCUCGUUUACUCUUUCUUCAUAAGUGUCCAAUUCACAUAAUAUUGAUAAUACUGAUAAUCUUGACAUUUCUCGGUAUAUGAUAUGGUAUAUGAAACUGACGUAAUCAUCACUCUUUGUACUAUACAAUAGAUUUCAAUCUCGUAAGUACUCCUUAUGAAUAAAUAUACCGUAUAAAACUACAAGCGCAUAAUAGAUAAAGAUCUCUUGGUUUGCAUGACAAGUGUGAGUGAAUUUUGAUCGACUUCCUAAAAAGGGAGAUUCAAAAAUGAAAUGGAAGAAUGAGAUGGAAUAUAGAAAAGAAGUUUAAGUCAGUGAAAUUUUAAUUAAGUAAGAUUUAAAGAAAUACUUGAAAAUGGACUUUGUAAGAAUAAUUGUUAGAAUUUUCUGUUUCAUUUGUUUGUACACUAACCAAACUGAAUAAAUAAUUGGAGUCAAUUUAUGCGCUUUUUACUUUUACCCGAUAAAUAUUUAUUUCACACGAUCGAAAGAGUGUAUUUACCUAAAUGAGUAAAUGAGUAAAUGAGUAAAUUACUCAGUCAGUCGUUGCGCUACUUUGGCUCCAAUUCAUUUGUCUCAGUGGCUAGUUUACCAAAUUGAGGUCGAAACGACAAACGAUUAUUGUUUUAUUUGUAAGGAAGAAUUUAUUUUGUCGAUGGUUUGGGUAAUCAAAUGAAGCAAGUUUGGCUCAAUUUCAGAAA